UACUCAGUUUUAAAAUAUAACAAUAUUUCAUUGGAUAUUUUUUAUAAGAUUAUAUUGCAUAGUUCUAACACACAGAAAUCAUUUAGAAUGUAUUUUUGUACAAGAUGUAUUUCUUUUACCCAUACAUAAGUGCGCUGUCAUACUGAGUGUAAUCUCGACGUUAUCUUAAUUGGAAGUUUAAAGUUGCAAAUGAAUUUUUGAAUAUUAAUUUAUGGUUAUCUAUCCACCGUGUUUACGAAUGCACAGUAUUUUAAUAUUAUUUUGAAUUAUUUAAAGAACAAGAUGAAUUUUACAAAAAGUUUACGUCAAUUUAUUGAAAUUAGAAGAUUUUGUACGCAGUAUCAAAAGUUAACAAAAAAGAAUUUUGAAUUAACAAAAUUAGGUAUGCCAGAACCAGAAUAUAAUAUAAAAUUUUUAUGCGAUCCUUUAAAUCGUGAUUACAUUGCUAAUAAUGUAAAAAAACGAAAGGGAGUUGGUGACAUAGACAAGGUCCUUGAACUAUUCAAGCAAAUAGAAAAACGUGACAUAUUUUUAAAUGAAUUAAGUAAAAUACCAAACGAUACAUAUUCAUCUGUAUUUGAAUAUGGAGAUAAACCACAUGUAUUGAAAGUAUGCGGAUCUAAGCAUGAAUUUAAUGUCAAGCCUAAAGAAUUUUCUUACUUAGCUAAAAAGUUAAAACUUAUGAGAUCACAAGGAUUAGGACCUAUAAUGGGAAGUCGAUGUUAUAUAUUUCAAGGUGAAUUGGCUGAAUUGGAAAAUGCUCUUAUACGGUAUACACUAAGAAAAUUAAUUAAACAUGGAUUUCAACUUGUAUCCGUACCGGACAUCAUACCAACUGAAAUUAUAAAAAGAUGUGGCUUAUUAGCGGAUGGUCCAAGAACGCUUGUAUAUAAUUUAAGUAAAAAUUAUGGAGAUGAUUAUAGCUUAUCAGGAACAGCUGAAAUGUCAUUAGCUGCUAAGUUGAUCAAUUCGAAAUUUUCUUAUAAAGAUUUACCAUUAAAAAUGACAGCUAUUAGUAGAUGUUACAGAGCUGAAAUAUCAAGCACAUCGAAUGAAAAAGGAAUAUACAGGGUUCAUCAAUUUACUAAAGUUGAAAUGUUUGUUUGCUCCGAACAAAACAAAUCUUCAGAAGUAUUUCAAUAUUUACUAGAUAUACAGGAAGAUUUAUUCUCUUCUCUAGGAUUACAUUUUAAAAUACUUGAUAUGCCGGCUCAUGAGUUAGGUGCUCCUGCUUAUAGAAAAGUAGAUAUGGAUGCUUGGAUGCCUGGAAGGAAAUUAUUUGGUGAAUUAUCAAGCUGCAGUAAUUGUACAGAUUAUCAGUCGCGCAGAUUGAAUAUAAAAUAUCAAUCACAUAAUGGUGAAAUUCUUCAUGUUCAUACAUUAAAUGGUACUGCUUGUGCAAUACCUCGCAUGAUGAUUGCAUUAUGUGAAACUCAUCAAACCGAACAUGGGCGUAUUAAAAUUCCGGAACCAUUGGUACCGUUUAUGGACGGUAAAACAUUAAUACGAAAGCAACCAAUUGCAUUGACAAGCAUUUACAAUUAAAAUUUGUAAAAAGAUAUAUUGUUAUAAUUUAUGUUAUAAUUAUGAAAUGAAAAUAGGAUUCACUAAAACUUCAAGUCUUAAACACAUCACCUGAUAGUAUAUUUUCUAUAAACUAAUACAAUAUUAUCAUACAAAGAGAGAAAGAUGGGAUUCCGAAAAUUGUACGUACACAGGGAUAAAGAUUUUUUUUUUCAUAAUUUCUUUGUUAUUCCGUAUAUAUUUUGUGGUGGAGUUAUAAAAAUGUAACACAAAAUAUUUUUUCUUAAAGUAAUACAAUUCAGAGACAUUGUAAAUUUACAAUUGUCAUCUUCCACGCUAA